AUGUCUAAUUCUCUUACCUCUGUUCUGCAAACAGGGCGUAGACGCACUAAGGAGGAUCAAGCCUAUAAUGGUCCUCCUAGGAUGGGUCCUGUUCGUCAUAUUAGUCCAGCAUCACUAAAUCUUGAAUCUCUUCAUGAACAGAAUCGUGCCGCUCUUCAAAAGAAGGAUGCUACCAAGGUAGUUGAUGCAGCUCCUGGUGUUGCUGCUAAGGGCAAGCCUAGAUUAUUGUUGAUGGGUCAAAGAAGAUCUGGAAAAUCUUCGAUAUCUAGCGUUGUAUUUCAUAAGAUGCCUCCAAAUGAGACACUAUUCCUUGAAUCUACGGCAAGAAUUCAAAAGGAUUCUAUGCACUCCUUUAUGGAUUUCCAGGUUUGGGAUUUUCCUGGUCAAAUCGAUUUCCAAGAUGCUCAAUUCGAUGUUGAAGCUAUAUUUGGUGAAAUUGGUGCUUUGAUUUGGGUUAUCGAUGCUCAAGAUGAUUAUCUAGAAGCCAUUGCUCGUCUCAACAGCACAAUCUUCAACCUUCAUCAAUCCUUCCCGAAUAUCAACAUAGAAGUUUUCAUCCAUAAAGUUGAUGGUUUAUCCGAUGAUUAUAUGCUCGACAUUCAACGUGACAUCAUGCAACGAAUUCAAGACGAACUCUCGGAUCAAGGAAUGGAAAAUGCACCCGUUAACUUUCAUCUCACAUCCAUCUACAAUCAUUCCAUCUUCGAAGCCUUUAGCAAAGUCAUUCAAAAAUUAAUUCCUCAUCUUGCUACCCUCGAAGCUCUCCUCAAUGAUCUCUGUCGCAAUUGUCGUUUCGAAAAAGCAUACCUCUUCGACGUCCUCUCUAAAAUAUACAUCGCCACAGAUUCAUCUCCAGUCGAUAUGCCCUGUUAUGAAAUCUGCAGCGAUUACAUUGAUGUCAUCGUCGACGUAUCCGAAAUCUAUGGAUACCCCCGUUCGCAAGAAUACAUUACGAAACUCGAAGGAGCUCCCUGGAAUAAAAAACUUGAGGAUCAAAUCGCCUGUAAGGAUGCUGAAAGUGUGAUUGUUCUCACGGCCGAUAAGAGACCGAUUAUGUUGAGGGAGGUUAAUAAGUAUUUGGCUCUCGUGGCGAUUAUGAAGGAGGGUAGUUAUGAGAAAAUGCCUUUGGUUACUAUGAAUGUGGAGACGGUGGUGGAGGGUUUGACGAAGGUUUUUGAGAUUACGAGGCAGAAGAAGUGA